AUGUCCACUGAACCACAACAACACAAUGUCACUCCUAGGCAAGGAACUCCCACAGAGUCUGCCUCAGAUGCAGCCCCUUCCCAACCGCCGCAGGCCAUGCUCGAUCUCACACAAAUUCAAGAGUAUUUCUCCACAAACGGUGUUCUUGAUGUGGUGCGUCUCCUUGAAGGCUAUUGGGACCUGAGCAAGACUCUUCGUGACACCCAGCUGCAAGUCAAUGCGCUCAUCGACGCAAAGAGGCUCCUCGAACUGUCAGCCGCAAGCUCUACCAAGUCUAAGGGUAGAGGUUCGGAUUCUGGAUUAACGGCCGAGCAAGAAAAAACUAUUCUUCAGUUUGGGAAGCGCUGCAUUGUCACUAUCGACUUGUGGCCAGAAGACACCGAAAUCUUCAAGGAGAGACCAUCAGCAAAUGCCGGCCUCAUUCUCAGUGCUGCACGAUAUGCGUCUGCAGAAUCAGAGCAAGAUGCACUCUAUGCUGAAAUCUACUCCGCACUCAAGGAAAAUUUUCACUUCUGCUUUGCUAAGAAUUACGGUCCGGAAAGAAACUUGUAUUUCCUGAAAUCCGCCUCUGAUGGCCGAUCCACUUUCCUCAAUCAUGUGAAAAACGAUGCCUUCCACACUAUAUUCGGCGCGUUGGUUCCAUCCGCCAGUAAUACCGAUUUUGAUCCUUUGACGGAUCCUCAUUGCCUUGACCUCCUCGGGUAUAGGCCAUCAAAUAAGACCUACUCAUCGCUGCCCCCCAUUCUUUGGGAAGAUGGGGUGAAAGGUGACCCAUGCUCUAUCUUUCGAAGCACCACACUGAUGAAGAUUCUCUUUGUUAUAUUUUAUGGUGGCACCAGUCUCAAACAGAAGUCCACAAAAAAAGCUGUCAAGAGCAAGCAAACCAAUGCUUUUCUCUGGAAAUUAACCGAAACUUCGCCAGGGACUAUGGCAUAUGCUGCCACUGUUGCUCGUUUUGUCCUCUCUGAUGAUGAAUGCUUUGAUAAGCAUGGUGGUCGCUCAGGCAUCAACUAUGCUUCUGACUACUACCAAUACAAGAGAACGAUCAUUGAGGCGAUUUCGACAUCUCACAUGAAGCAAACCAUCGCAGCAUAUAAUAGGUUUCUCUUUGAUGAGAAGCCCUCGAGACUAGGUACAAACCAGCAUGGAACAUCAUGUGAUGAUGACAAUGAGUUCAUCGAGCUUCAGAAAGCAUUUGCUGAUGUAUCAGAUGCCGAAUCAGACACUCCCAUGGCUAAUGAUGCACCUUCUGAUGCUGUGAUGACUGUCACUGCCGAUCCAGAGGUCCAAGAACUCAUUCAAGGUGUCAAAAUGGUUAAUUUUCAGCUUGAAGCACCUUCCAACAAGGAACAGGAGGUACCGGAAAUUCGGCGUAGUCGACAAGGCCAUGUUGUUCCAAAUCCUGGAGAUACUGAUUUGACAGUCAGCACAGAAACUGAUGUUACUCAAGCAAAAGGCCGCACGCGUGGUGCUAAGUCUCGUGGGAAGGUGGGCAGCUGUGGCCAUGGCCGUGGAACAACUCAGAUGCAAACCAAUCAGCCUCAGCAUGAUGCAAGGCCCACUCGUCGAGGUACACGGGCUGAUACUCAGUGGCAGGUGUCACAGGUCCAGGAGGAAGCAGGAGAUCUAGAAAAUGACGAUGUAUAUGGGUAG